AUGGCAAGUGAUGAGGACAUUGUUACACUCUUUUCCAAGUUUGGAUUUGGAGAUGCUAAAUCUAAGGAGAUUAUCAAGAACAAGAAGGUUUCUCAGCAAUUGUAUGAAAUUUUAGGAGACGAUCUUUCUAGUUUUUCUGGUGAACUUGAACCAAAGAAGUUGGCUCUUUUGCAUCAAUUGGCUAUUGAUUUAAAGGGUAGUGAAAAUGUUAGUAGUUCUCUGAGACAAUUACUUACUGAUGCCAUUCUUGAUGAAAGAAUCAAAUCCACUUUACAAGUUCAAGAAGGGGUCAAGUACUUGAAAUCUACUCAAUCUCCCACUGAAAGUGAAUUGAAUACGCAUGCGGGUGUAGGCCAAGAGGUAUCUGAAGAACAAGUGCAUAGUACAAUCUCCAAAUAUUUUGAUUCUAUUAUGGAUGAAUUACAGGCAAAGAGAUAUACCAUGGUUCCUUCAAUCUUGGGACAAUUGAGAAAGUUGACUGAGCUUAAAUGGGCUUCUCCUGCAUUAUUCAAACCAAUUGUUGAUUCCUUGGCUUUGAAACACUUAGGGCCUAAAGAUGAAAGAGAUGUCAUAAAGAAGGUCAAGAAAACCCCAGCAAAAGCAUCUGCUCCUGAUGCCAACAAAAAGGACUCUUCUGCUACAAAAGUGGAUGCUCCAGUGGAGACUGAACGUUCAAUGUUUAGUGAAGGUUUCUUAGGCGAUUUACAUAAACCAGGUGAGAAUCCUCAAAUGUGGCCCGAAUUAAUGGAUGAACACUUGAAGUUCACCCAUAGACAAGUCUUUACUCGUUUCCCACCGGAACCUAAUGGAUUUUUACACAUUGGACACUCAAAGGCCAUUAUGGUAAACUUUGGUUAUGCAGCUUUUAACAAGGGGAACUGUUAUUUACGUUUCGAUGACACCAACCCAGAAGCUGAAGAAGAAGUAUACUUCAAGUCAAUCGAAGAUAUGGUUUCAUGGUUAGGCUAUUCUCCAUGGAAAAUUACUUAUUCCUCUGACUACUUUCAGGAAUUGUAUGAUUUGGCAGAAAAGUUGAUAGAAUGUGACAGAGGUUACGUUUGUCAUUGUACACCUGAACAAGUUAAAGAACAAAGAGGUAUGAAAGCUGAUGGAACAUUGGGAGGGCAACGUAAUGGGUGUUCUCAUCGUGAACGUACUCCAGAAGAAAACCUCAAGGAAUUUAGAAAGAUGCGUGAUGGCUUCUACAAGACUGGUGAAGCUACUUUAAGAAUGAAGCAAGAUUAUACUUCCCCCAACCCUCAAAUGUGGGAUUUGGUUGCUUACAGAGUACUUGAUGCUCCUCAUCACCGUACUGGUGACAAGUGGAAGAUUUAUCCAACUUACGAUUUUACCCACUGUUUGGUUGAUUCUUUUGAAAAUAUUUCACAUUCAUUGUGCACAACGGAAUUUAGAUUACUGAGAGAGAGUUACGAAUGGCUCUGUGACACUUUACAUGUCUAUCGUCCAGCUCAAAGAGAGUACGGUCGUUUAAACAUAACUGGUACAGUCUUAUCCAAGAGAAAGAUUGCCAAGUUAGUCACUGAAGGUUAUGUCAGAGGAUGGGAUGACCCUAGAUUGUACACUUUAGAAGGUAUUCGUCGUCGUGGUGUUCCUCCUGGGGCGAUUUUAUCAUUCAUUAACACUUUAGGUGUUACCACAUCCACUACCAAUAUUGAAUGUGUUAGAUUUGAAAGUGCUGUUAGAAGUUAUCUUGAUCAAACCACCCCUCGUUUGAUGGUGGUAUUAGACCCCGUUUUAGUUGAAGUUGAUAACUUGGGAGAAGAUGAAACCAUUGAGGUUGAAAUGCCUUACAAGCCUGGUAGUAAUCCAGUCACUCUGGGACCCUUAAGUGGUGGUAGAACCCUUAAGUUUGGCAAAUACAUAUACAUUGAUCGUAGCGAUGUUCGUGAUGAUGACCAAGUCUCCAAGGAAUAUUUCAGAUUAGCUCCUGGCCAACCUGUUGGGUUGAUGAAGGUACCCUUUAACAUCAGUUUGCGCCUGAUUGAACGUGACACUGAAGGUAAUAUCACUAAGGUCCUUGUGAAUUAUGAUAAGGAUAUUAAGAAGAAACCUAAAACAUACAUUCAAUGGAUUCCAAAAAGUGAUUGCAUUAAAAUUGAUGAAGUUAGAGUUCAAAAUGCUCUUUUCACUCUGGAAAACCCUAAGGACUACUUGGCGGAACUUAAUCCUAAUUCCGAGGAGAUUUUCGGAAAUGCUGUGAUUGAAUCAAGCUUCAAAGAAAUUGUUUCUAGAAGUCCCAUGAAUGUUGAAAUUCCUGGAAGUCAAUUCAAUAUUAAAGAGAAACCUGGUAACAAUACAGUAAGGUUCCAAGCUUUAAGAGUAGGUUACUUCUGUUUGGAUAAGGAUAGUAACGACGAUAAAUUGAUAUUGAAUCGGAUUGUUACUUUGAAGGAGGAUUCUUCCAAGAAGUAG